AAUACGCGGAAGUGACAGGCGGAAGCAGCCUCGACGGAAGCGGGUUCGGUCUGUCAGCGGAGGAAAAAAAUCACCGAAUCUGACACAAAGCGGGUCGAUCCCAACACUCAGCUGCAUCCGAUCAUCUCCCCCCUUCUCCCGGACACCGGCGGCCCGCUGCAAUGAUCCUGUUAGAGAUCAAUAACCGAAUCAUAGAGGAGACGCUGACGCUGAAGUUCGACGGCGCAUCCAACGGAACCAAACCAGAGGCCGUCGAUGUGACGUUUGCAGACUUCGAUGGCGUCUUGUACCACAUCUCCAACCCCAAUGGGGAAAAGUCCAAACUGAUGGUCAGCAUCUCCCUGAAGUUCUACAAGGAGCUGCAGGAGCAUGGGGCUGAUGAGCUUCUCAAGAGGGUCUAUGGGAAUUUCCUGGUGGCAGCAGAGGCUUGCUACAACGUGUCCCUCGUCUACGACCUGGACGCGCUACCAGCCAACAAAGAUGACAUCGUCCACCAGGCGGGGAUGCUGAAGAGGAACUGCUUCGCCUCCGUAUUCGAAAAGUACUUCAAGUUCCAGGAGGAGGGCAAGGAGGGCGAGCAGAGGGCCGUGGUCCACUACAGAGACGAUGAGUCCAUGUAUGUGGAGGCCAAGAAAGACAGAGUGACAGUUGUGUUCAGCACGGUGUUCAAAGACGACGACGAUGUCAUUAUCGGAAAAGUCUUCAUGCAGGAGUUCAAAGAGGGUCGGCGAGCCAGCCACACUGCCCCCCAGGUGCUGUUCAGCCACAGGGAGCCGCCGCUGGAGCUGAAGGACACAGACGCCGCCGUCGGGGACAACAUCGGAUACAUCACCUUCGUUCUGUUCCCACGUCACACCAAUGCCAAUGCCAGAGACAACACCAUCAACCUCAUCCACACCUUCAGGGACUACCUGCACUACCACAUAAAGUGCUCCAAGGCGUACAUUCACACACGCAUGAGGGCCAAGACGUCAGAGUUCCUCAAGGUGCUGAACCGUGCUCGACCCGACGCCGAGAAGAAGGAGAUGAAGACCAUCUCUGGAAAGACCUUCUCCCGCUGAGGCUGACCCCCAUCAGAGAAACCCAACCCCCCUGUGGACACGCCCCCAACGCGCCACGCUUGAGACUCAACGCCACAUCGGACAGGACGUCAGGAUGCCUCGAAAUGUGCAAGACCCCACCCCCCCCAAAAAAAUGUGUCCAGUCUUUUUUUUUUUUUACGAAUAAUAAUGUUGGCUCCACUUAGAGGAAGCCAAGGCUCAAGAUAAAUGGAAAAACGGGCAUUCCCUGCUUUGCAUAGUUAAAGAGAAUUAUUAGUCCUAUAUAAAUAUAUAUAUGAAAAAAAAGAAAAUUUUUGAUACGAUAUCUUUUACUCCAUUUGGUACUCUUGCUUGCCCCCCCCCCCCAAACCCUCACCAUACGAUAUUCAUGUUCCGGAUGAUUUCAGUCCUCCCUUCCUCUCUGUGCCGUCAUGUCGUCUGUACCAUUGUCAUUUGAAAAAAAUAAAAUAAAUCACUCUUACAAAAAAAAGCA